AUGAAGAAAGCGAAAGCGGAUGGGCAAGACCCUCUGUUAGCCCUACUUGACUGGCACAACACCCCAAUAGUGGGUCUAGGAAUAUCACCGGCACAGAGACUGAUGGGACGCCGCACACACACGUUCCUACCAACCCAUGAAACGCUCAUGCAGCAGCCAUCCCAGCUGGACACAGCCAUCAAAUUGGCUGAGCGGAAGGCAAAACAAGCUCAACAGUACAACAAAAAGUUUUGCCCUUUAGUGGCACUAAAGUGGGGACCUGCACAAGAGCCUUGGGGAAUUGGUCUUAUGAAGUUGAAGUUUGCGGCAGGCAAUACCGACGCAACCGUCGACAACUGCGCCUGACCCCUGAAACAGCACCACCUAUGAGUCCCAUAGAGUUAAAUCCGCCCGAGUCCACCCUCAAACCUGCACCAAACCUGAUUGAGCCGGGACCUCCACCACCGGAGUUCCACGUCGAAACCGAAGCAGAGGGAGGGCCACCUGACACUGAACUAGGAACAGAGAUUGAGCCACAAAGGAUUGAAACUCACCGAUCAGAGCGCAGAAGUCUACCACCUGUGUGGCAUCAGGAUUACCAUAUGAACUGA